UCUUAGGAUGCCAUCCCACUGACAUGCUUUGGAAAUGUUUUGCUGACUGGGAGGAUAAAAAAAUGUGUUUUGCUGGUGAUGGGAUGGGAACUGCCUUUUUCUCAAGAGAUGUAGUGCAAACAACAAGAAUGUUCUCUAGAAAUGUAGCAGUAGCAACGAGCAAUUUCUUCGGCCGUGCAGUCAUACUGGGGGGAUGGCAAUGACAAGGUGGCUGUAUCUGUGUUGGAAUUGAGUUAGAACUCUGCCUUGGCUUGGUUAACUGGCGUAUGCGUGGUGGCUUGAUUGAUGGUUGGGAGGAUUUUGUUAAAAAGUUCCAAAUACGAUUUGCUCCGCUACAUGAUUUGAAUUAUGUUUGUUUUGAGAAGACAUCAGAGAAGUCUAGAGACACGUUUGCCCACAUGGUGGAAAACGCCAACACACUCCUCGCCCCGACUGUGGAGGACACAAAUGAACUAAAGGAAUCAAGCGAGGAAUCUUUCAUCAAGGAGGACAAUGAUAGCGGGUCUGACAUCAUUGGCGAUGAUGGUGGUGCUCUUGAGGAAGAUUAUGUUGGGAUGACAAUUGUAGGGUAUGAAGUUCUAGCAAGUAUCGAGAAGGUGGCAGAUGCAGAUAAGAAGCAAGUGGACAACCUCAUUUCAUUUGAUGACACCAUUAAAUUGUUUGACCUUGUAGAUGUGGUCAAGACGGAGCACCUGGUUUCACCGAGAGCAACUACAUAUGCUAUGCGCCCCGUCUCCUUUUUUCUCCACUUUUCUACAAGAGCCAAGCUGGUUGAAGAUUCAAAGAGUGGACUGCUCCUUUGGUUUAACAUUCUGUCUCUGGUCCUAAAGCACGAGUGGGAGCCUCCACCUUGAGGACAAGGUGGUUUUUAAGGGGAUGGGAAUAAUACAGAUAGUUAAUU